GCGCCGCGCGGUCCUGCUGAGCCGGGCGCACGGACACACCGGCGAGCCGACGGCCGGGGGACGGGGAGCAGGCGCUGGGCCGGCAGGCAGCGAGCCUGAGCGAGAGCCGCGCUCAGCGAGUCGGGCGCCGGCCGCCGCCAGACUCCCGAGCGGCGCCCUCCUCCCGCCGGUGCCAGAGCCGGGCCAUGGGGGGCAGCAUGCCCGCGCGCGCCGCCUGAAGACGCCGUAACUCCCGCCCCCGCGAUGGGCGCCCCUGCUUGCGCCCUCGCGCUCUGCGUGGCUGUGGCCGUCGUGACCGGCGCCACUUCGGGACCCCCGGGCACGGAGCAGCGCGUCGUGCGGAGAGCGGCAGAGGUCCCGGGACCUGAAUCUGGCCAGCAGAAGCAGCUGGUCUUUGGCAGUGGGGACACUGUGGAGCUGAGCUGCCACUUGCCUGCGGGUGGUCCCACGGGACCCACUGUCUGGGUCAAGGACGGUGCAGGGCUGGUGCCCUCAGACCGCAUCCUGGUGGGGCCUCAGCGGCUGCAGGUGCUGAAUGCCUCCCACGAGGACGCUGGGGCCUACAGCUGCCAGCAGCGCCUCACCCAGCGUGUCCUGUGCCACUUCAGCGUGCGUGUGACAGAUGCUCCAUCCUCGGGAGAUGACGAAGAUGGAGAGGACGAGGCUGAAGACACAGGGGCCCCUUACUGGACGCGGCCCGAGCGGAUGGACAAGAAGCUGCUGGCUGUGCCAGCUGCCAACACUGUUCGCUUCCGCUGCCCGGCUGCUGGAAACCCCACUCCGUCCAUCUCCUGGCUGAAGAAUGGCAAGGAGUUCCGAGGCGAGCAUCGCAUCGGGGGCAUCAAGCUGCGGCACCAGCAGUGGAGCCUGGUCAUGGAGAGUGUGGUGCCCUCGGACCGGGGCAACUACACGUGUGUCGUGGAGAACAAGUUUGGCAGCAUCCAGCAGACAUACACUCUGGACGUGCUGGAGAGGUCUCCACACCGGCCCAUCCUGCAGGCGGGGCUGCCAGCCAACCAGACGGCGGUGCUGGGCAGUGACGUGGAGUUCCACUGCAAGGUGUACAGCGACGCGCAGCCCCACAUCCAGUGGCUGAAGCACGUGGAAGUGAACGGCAGCAAAGUGGGGCCCGAUGGCACGCCCUACGUCACCGUGCUCAAGUCCUGGAUCAGUGCGAGUGUGGAGGCCGACGCGCGCCUCCGCCUGGCCAAUGUGUCCGAGCGCGACGGGGGCGAGUACCUCUGUCGAGCCUCCAAUUUCAUAGGCGUGGCUGAGAAGGCCUUUUGGCUGCGUGUUCACGGGCCCCAAGCAGCUCCGCUGCCUGCUCACUUCUCAUCAGUCUGUCUGUCCGUCUGCCCACCUGCCUGCACCCCCUCCCCAGUGUUCACACUAACCCCGCAUGGUGCGUUUGCGCGGCACGCUGCUGGCCGCUCGCCUGGCACUCACCUGGGACAGAGGACUCGCCGGUGGAGGGACUGGCUUCGGGCUCGGUGUGGACGCACGAGGCAGAGGACCCUCGGCACCGUGGCCGUGGCGGUGGUGGCGGCGUUUUCCUUGCAGCCUGGCUGGAUCGUCGCCGUGUGGACUCUGGCUGUGGUGCCCGUGGGAGCUGAGGAGGAGCUGGUGGAGGCUGGUGAGGCCGGCAGCGUGUAUGCAGGUGUCCUCAGCUAUGGGGUGGGCUUCCUCCUCUUCAUCCUGGUGGUGGCCGCCGUGACACUCUGCCGCCUGCGCAGCCCCCCCAAGAAGGGCCUGGGCUCACCCACCGUGCACAAGGUCUCCCGCUUCCCGCUCAAGCGACAGCAGGUGUCCUUGGAGUCCAACUCGUCCAUGAACUCCAACACGCCGCUGGUGCGAAUUGCCCGGCUGUCCUCGGGGGAGGGCCCCGCGCUGGCCAACGUCUCCGAGCUUGAGCUGCCUGCCGACCCCAAGUGGGAGCUGUCCCGGGCCCGGCUGACCCUGGGCAAGCCUCUCGGGGAGGGCUGCUUCGGCCAGGUAGUCAUGGCGGAGGCCAUUGGCAUUGACAAGGAUCGGACCGCCAAGCCCGUCACUGUGGCUGUGAAGAUGCUCAAAGACGACGCCACAGACAAGGACCUGUCGGACCUGGUGUCCGAGAUGGAGAUGAUGAAGAUGAUCGGCAAGCACAAGAACAUCAUCAACCUACUGGGGGCCUGCACUCAGGGCGGGCCCCUGUAUGUGCUGGUGGAGUACGCGGCCAAGGGCAACCUGAGGGAAUACCUGCGGGCGAGGAGGCCCCCGGGCAUGGACUACUCCUUCGACACCUGCAAGCUGCCAGAGGAGCAGCUCACCUUCAAGGACCUGGUGUCCUGCGCCUACCAGGUGGCACGGGGCAUGGAGUACCUGGCCUCACAGAAGUGCAUCCACAGGGACCUGGCGGCCCGCAACGUGCUAGUGACCGAGGACAACGUGAUGAAGAUCGCGGACUUCGGCCUGGCCCGUGACGUGCACAACCUUGACUACUACAAAAAGACCACCAACGGCCGGCUGCCCGUGAAGUGGAUGGCGCCCGAGGCCUUAUUUGACCGAGUUUACACCCACCAGAGCGACGUCUGGUCCUUUGGGGUUCUGCUCUGGGAGAUCUUCACGCUGGGGGGCUCGCCAUACCCUGGCAUCCCUGUGGAGGAGCUCUUCAAGCUACUGAAGGAGGGCCACCGCAUGGACAAGCCAGCCAACUGCACACACGACCUGUACAUGAUCAUGCGGGAGUGCUGGCAUGCGGUGCCCUCCCAGAGGCCCACCUUCAAGCAGCUGGUGGAGGACCUGGACCGCAUCCUCACUGUGACGUCCACUGACGAGUACCUGGACUUGUCGGUGCCUUUCGAGCAGUACUCGCCAGGCAGCCAGGACACCCCCAGCUCCAGCUCCUCGGGGGACGACUCUGUGUUUGCCCACGACCUGCUGCCCCCGGUCCCACCCAGCAGCGGGGGCCCGAGGACAUGAAGGGCCACUGGCCUGUGGGCUGAGCCCCCCAAUGUGAGAGCGGGCCCCUGCCCAACGUGCUGCUGUCGGCGCCGUUGACCACUGGGGCCCGCCGGCCCAGGCCCGAGACCUGGUGCGGAUGGACGGGUGGAGAGACAACCUCGGAUCUGUGUGUGCUUGUGCUCGUGUGUGUGUGAGAGUCUCGAGGCCCCCGGUGCAGGGGUGCCCACCCUGCUGUACAAUGACCUCUUGGCCACCUGUGCCAGCAGCACCAGGGGGCCAAAUGUAGAAUGUAAGGGGGCUCCUCCCAUGAGGCCCCUCAGGGCAGAGCUGGGCCUCCUCCCCAGGCUCUCUUGCACCCCCCCACAAUGCUACCCCACAGGGUGCACGGGGGCAGGUUGGGCUCCUGUGUCCAGGGUGGGUUGAGGCCCCUCCCAGUGUCCAAGCUGAGCCUCCGUGCGGCGCUCCUCCCAGCAAGCGGCACUUUGUGUCUGGGGUGUGUUAGCGCACAGCCACCCUCCUCCAGCCCUCCCCAUGUCCUGCCGUGCUCCUCGGAGACUGAAAUUACGGGUACCUGAAGGCAGGAGCCUUUAACUUCUAUCCGAAAGGUUUAUUCCAGAAAUGAGUGUACAUUUAUAUAAAUAGAUGCUGUGUAUAUGAUAUACACAUAUAUAUAAAUAUCUAUAUGGAAGAAGAAAGGCUGGUACAACUGAGGGACAGGACCCUGAGGGUGCAGGAGGCAGGGGGCAGGUGCCCUGGUGGGGGAGGCCCCCUGAGGGACUCACUGUUGAGACAAAUGCAAAAGCCAGCAGAGGAUAGAGGGGCUUUUCCGGCACCACAGUUUUGUUUUAAAAAUUGUACCUGGACCUGUACAUUUGUAAAGCUAUUUAUCGGCCCCCAGAACUCCUGUCCCCACCCCCACACACCCCCACGCUCGUAGUAUUUAGCCAGCCGCGUGGCAGAGAGGUUUAAGUUUUAACUUAUUAACAGCUGAGAAGGUUUAUGCUUCGUCUAGUGGGAUCGCUGAGGAAGUGCGCAGUGGCGCUGGGCGUGCCAAGCCCACACCCUGAGGCCAGAACAGCCCCCUUGCACCCUAAAGGGUCGUUAAUAGUUUGAGGUGAUUCCAGUGAGGAUAUUUUAUUUCCUUUGGCCUUCUUUUGCGGGAGAAUUAGAUUUCUAUGGGAUUUUUCUUUAGGAGAUUUAUUUUUUGGGACUUCAAAGCAAGCUGGUAUUUUCAUACGAGUUCUUCUAAUGCCAUGUGUUCGGGGCAGGGAGGCAGUUUCCAGUGGGGGCCAGCCCUGCAUGCAGGUUCAGAUGUUAUUAGAUGUUACAAGUUUAUAUAUAUCUAUAUAUAUAAUUUAUUGAGUUUUUACAAGAUGUAUUUGCUGUAGAUUUAACACUUCUUACGCAAUGCUUCUACACGUUUAUAGCCUGGACUGCUACCUUUCAAAGCGUGGGAGAGAAAGCCGCGAAUUCAUUUUUGUUCCUUUUUGUACUGUUAACAGCCCCCCAACUGAGUUUGGGUGGUUGUCCUCUGCUCGUGAGCUGGCCGGCCGGGCAGUGCCUCUGGGCGGUCUCUGUUCUCAGGGCCCCCUGACUUGUGGGGGCCAAAGGUGUUGACCCAAACCAGGAGAUGCGCUUUCCAAAAAAUAAACAGGGACGACUGGUUCAGA